AUGCCGUUGCCACCAGCACUGGCAGCGCGCCUUGCGAAACGAGGUAUUUUAAAUGCAAAUAAAGUCAGCAAUGAUCAACAGACAAAUGAAGAAAUAAUUGCUGAAGAUUAUGAUAAUAAGCCGGAGCAAUCUGCGUCAAAGGAGAAUUAUUGGGAAGGCAUCGAAGGAGUAAAUGUUGACCCUAUUAAAGGCCAUAGAGGUUGUCCCAACAAGAGCAACAUAUAUCAUGAAUGCUCGAAGUUUUGUCUAAAACAUUGGAAGCAAGGUAAAGUUGCACCUAGCGAAAAGUAUUUAGAGGAUAAGCGUAAACUUUUAGAUUUAUGGCCUUUGAUACCUGGCUGGGAAGAGGUUUACGAUGAAGGGACAGGUUAUUGUUAUUUCUGGAACGUACAUAAUAAUUUAGUAUCCUGGUUACCUCCAUCACAUCCACGAGCCGCACCGAGUGAGAGCGCUGCUCAUUUGCGAGAAGAAAGGGUACUGAAAGAAGGCGACGAAAGUGAUGAUAGUAGUGAUGCAUCAGACCAAGAAGUGCCCCAGCGCCAUAUUAAGGAGAAGCGUUACGAUCGUCGCGACCUAGAACGUAAUUUAGUUCACCAUAGAGAUAAGAAAAAGCAAAGGAGUAAAGACAAUGAUUUAGAUCCAAUGGAUCCAGCUUCUUAUUCUGAUAUUCCUCGUGGCAACUGGACUGCUGGCUUAGAUGCUCACGCUAAGACUGGAGUAGAUACAACUGCUUCAGGGUGUUUAUAUCAGAUGAGGCCCUAUCCAGCUCCUGGCGCUAUUUUAGCUGCUAAUGCGCAAAAAAGGUCACCAUCACCAUCAAAUUAA